AUCAAAAUUUCUGGUAUCCUGAAGAACAAAAAAAUGGAAUUAGAAAUGUUGUUUUAUAUGUAUAGUUAAAAUGCCACUGCCUAACACCUGCGUCUGAUGUGCUUUUUAGCAAGGCUAAAGGAAAAAUAAGCUCUUCACUAAAACAAUCUGGAGUGUUUUAGUGAAGAGCUUAUUUUUCCCCAGUCACACAUGCCCACAAAAAGCAUCAUGAUGAUGAUCAGUGAUGAUAUACAUAAAAAAGUUGGUUCUCACUUGAAAGGGGUUGUCUGGGCGUUUAGACUUGGUAUUAUGUUGAGGGUUACAAUUCAUUUAAGGGCAGAGGUUAGGAGUGUAGCUUUGACCGUUAAGGUAACAGUGGCAAGGAAAUUAUUUUACUCAGUGAUGGUCCUCACAUGUAUAGAAGUACCUAAUUGUAUGUCAGUCAGUAUUUUUAUUGCAGCUAAUUGGUUUUCUAGUCACACUUUGUGUUAACAGAACUGUUCACCGUGUGUAUUAGUAAAAUACAUAAAACAUGCUUGUGCACGUGUGACUGCAUGCCAGUUUUAUGUAUCCAGCCGCAGAGUUAGUGUGUAACUAAAAAACUGCAACAAAACACCGCUGGAGUGACCAAAAGCAUGCUGUCUGUAAUCAUAAGUGAUAUAAUUUGGGAAGACAUAAUUACAGAAUGGGAAAUGUUGAAAUGGAUGUAUAACCAAAUGUGAUUCAAGUCUCACUAAAGAGCAACACAGAGAUGACCCGAGACAGAUUAAAUGGCUUAAGUUACUUAUUAAAAAAACAGGAAACAUCUAGUUUUACAGGAGAUUAGAAAGAUGCUGAGACCAGCCCUGUAGCCAUGGGUGUGCCCGGAUGUACCUGUGCCAUCUAAAUGUAAAAGGUGGCACAUUCAGCAUAAUUAUAAAAAACAGUAAUAUUUCUUACACUAUUGAAAUUAAUUUGAAAAAGAUAUACUAAUUGACGGAGAGACUGUCACCUGCAAUGAAAGUUCAAAUGAGUGUGGGGUGGGCAGUGUUUGCGCUGCCUUUAUGGUUAAAUUUUCCUUGGCCAUUUUCACCUCCAUUAGGCAUUUAUGGUAGCCAUCCACAAUGUUUUGGCAAGCUUCUGGUUGAAUUUUUGACGGAUAUGGUGCAGAUCAGCAGAAUUUGUUGGCUUUCUGACUCGGACUUGUUUCUUCAGCAAAGCACAGAUGUUCUCGAUGGGGUUAAAGUCAGGACCCUGCGAAGUCCAUUCUAAAACGUAAAUUAUAGCCUGUGUUAGCCAUUCCUUUGCCACUUUUGAUGUGUGUUUGUGUCCUUUAGAAGCACCCACUUGCAUCUGAGACCCAUGCUUCUGGCUGAGGAGUUAAGCUUUUCCCGAAGAAUUUGGAGUCUCCAGAGGAGUCCAACAACUGGCUGACAGAGAAACAGGGAUCUGAGGCCAACGGGACGCAAACUAGUCCUCCCAAGCCAACCAGGAAAUGCCUCCCUCGGACUCCAAUGCACAAACUAACGCCCAGGAGCCCCCCCAGAGACCCUGCAAAGAAAAAAACAACGCAUCAACGCCCCACAAUCCCAUCGCAGCCCUCCGGACCGGGGAGCUCCCCGCUGCCAGGGAGCGAUAACGCAGGAAAACCAGGGCCUACAGUCCCCCAGCCCAGCCGGGGGGCAUCCCCCCCCAGAGUGCAGGCAGAGCCAGCAGCCCCCGAGCUCCGUAAACCUGAGGCCGGUCCCGGCCCCGGACAGGGGCACAGCCUCCCCAGUCAACCACCCCCAAGGAAGAGGUCCAAAACCCACCCCAACAACACCGUUCAUGUGCCCAAGGGAUUCAUGAAUGCCCCCACUGUGAGAGAGGCGGCAGGGAGAAGCAGUGGGAGCCCCACCCCUGCCGAAGAGGGCCCCGGCGAGGAGAGGAGAUCAUGGUCCCCCAGGCCCAGGGACACACCACCUGCCCCAGAAAUGAGCAAAAGCCAAAGGCUUGGAUUGGAUUGUGAAGUGUUGUAUGGUGGAUUAAAGACAAGGUCAGUGGUAACUAAGGUGCAUGCCAACCAACAUCACCCCGCUACCCACAUCGCACGCUCACCACCAGACAGAAACCCACCGCAAGCAUCCUCCCCUGCCUUCCCCUCCGCCAUGCCCGCUCCCUCCAACCCGCCUGGAACCACACACAGGACCCACACACAGGGACCCACAGGGAGCCAGCCAAGCACAGAGUCCCACCACAUCUGCACAGAGCGCGAGCCAAAACCGGAACAGGUUUACGUAUCAACACUGUUGUGUUACAAGUCACAGUCUUUUUUUUUUUUUUUCGGUCUAACCUGGGAAAGUCAGAUCGCCAUGUGAAAGCACACACGGUUCACGUUUAUUGCGGGAUCUCUGUGUGAAAGCAGCUAAUUUUUUCUGGGGAUGCCAUUACAAUAUGAAAGACAACAUCCUGGGAGAGGGCGAGAGGGCAAUCAGCCAGGAUGUUGGAAAUCUUUUCCAUAAUAUCGGUCACCUUUGUGCCUGGAAAGCUUUUUUGUUUUCUUAACAUUUCUCAUGAUUGAAUCUCCAAUAAAGAGCGUGGAUGGUC